ACGACACAACACACAUCAUCACACGUUUCUCUCUCUCUCUCUCUCUCUCUCUCUUCCUCCUCCGUCGAUAGCCACCAUCAAAAAUCCCUAAAACCUAGACUUCUCUCUCUCUCUCUCUCCCAUAUUUCUGAUGGCGGCCAAUAACAGAUCCGAUCACGGAUCAGACGAAAACACACGGCUUUACAACCCUUACCAAAACUACGAAGUCCCAAUCAACAAAUCUCAGUACCUUUACAAGCUUCCUACAUCCCCUGAGUUUCUCUUCACGGAGGAGGCUUUGAGGCAGCGUAGAUCUUGGGGUGAGAAUCUCACUUUCUACACCGGUACAGCUUACCUCGGCGGCUCCGUUGCUGGAGCUUCUUUGGGAGUUAUCACUGGAGUCAAAAGCUUCGAAUCUGGCGACACGACUAAGCUCAAAAUCAACAGGAUCUUGAACUCUUCUGGUCAGGCGGGUCGGACUUGGGGUAACAGGGUUGGUAUCAUUGGUUUGGUCUACGCAGGGAUCGAGAGUGGUGUUGUCGCUGGUACGGAUAGAGACGAUGUUUGGACCAGUGUUGUUGCUGGUCUUGGAACUGGAGCUGUUUGUAGGGCGGCGAGAGGGGUGAGAUCCGCGGCUGUGGCUGGUGCUCUUGGUGGACUUGCGGCUGGAGCUGUUGUAGCAGGGAAGCAAAUUGUGAAGCGGUAUGUUCCCAUUUGAAGAGCUGCGAAUGUGUUAGAGUCUAAUUGGAAGACUCUGUUUUCGUCGUUGUUGAAAUUUUUGAUAGGAGAAAAUGGUGAAUUUGAUAGGUUUUGGUAUGUCUUGGAAUCAUUUAAAAAUGAAAGCUUUGUUUUUGGUUUCUAAGAGGUACAAAGUCUGUAUGUCUCUCAUAAUGCAGUUUCACUUUGAAGAAUAACCUGCAAACUUUUUUUUUUUAAUAUUCAUACUGAUACCGAUUGGUAAUUUAAUUUGUCAUUGAGUGUUUCUGCUAGUUAGUGUUUUAUGUUUCUGUUUGAUCAUCAAUGUUACCAUCUUCCUUGAUUUGUUAAGAAAUGGAUGUUUUGUAUUGUAUCAGACUUGAGAAGAAGCUCUUCUUUCAUGUAUCUCUUAUCAUUUCA